CAGCCCCGCCGCCGCCUCCGCCGUCGAACCGCCAGCGCGCCCGCCGCCAUUUCAAACCCGGCUCUCGCGAGAACUCCAAUCGUCGAGCGAGACUCGGCGGGAGCAGCGGCGGCGAGAGGGGACUUGGUGGCGCGCGGGAGGCGGGCGGCGCCGGUUUGUCCUUCGACGUCGCGCUCAGCCAAUCGCGGCGGAUGGAGGAGGGCGGGGCUAAGGCGUUUCACCCGGGCGUCGCCGUCGUCAUAGAGAAAACCACAGUGUGCAGAACUGCAAGUGACUUCAUAAGGAAAGAUUCUGGACACAUCAGCUCAGAGAACAGUGAGCCAAUCCAAUACCAGCUUGUGACCUGUGCUAUUGUGUCGGAGAAAGAGAAAGUUACUGUGACCGCAGAGCUGACUUUAGUCAGUUCUUUGCAGGUCUUUAAAAACAGCACUGGUUUGGUCGUUACUGGAAAAAUAAUUUUCAACAGAGACCUUUAUGUGGGCUUGAAUGAAAAACUCCAUAAAACAGAGAUCACUGUUUUUUUGCUGAAAGAGAUUGACUUUAAUUAUAUUCCUGUCCUUGUUGGAAGCUCUGUCGCUGGGAUUUUGGUCUUGGCUUUUAUUGUUGUUAUCCUUUAUAAGGGUGGCUUUUUCAAAAGGAAUUACAAAAAAAUGUUAGAAGAUCAGCGCAGAUCCUAAGUGAGGCAAGAUUCCAAUUAUAGGGGAAAUCACCCAGGAACUCCCUUGGGCUGUAUAGAAAAAAAGAAAAAUCCAACUUAUCCAAGCUGAAAAAAGCUUCCGAUUCUGACUUGGCACCAUUUACUUCUGAUCUGGGAAUUUUACAGAGUGGGGAGUUGGAUGAGCUGCAGAGCCAGCCUGAGCAGAGUUAUGCUCUUUGUCCAUUUAACUUUGAGCUUAGAAAGGUGUGACUUUGCUUGGGUUUGCAGUGAGAAUCAUUCACUUGCUUAGAUUGCAAGUGGUUUGGAUUUUAGCACGACUUGGUCAAAUGUGGCCUCUUCUGGCUGAAUAAAAAAGAAAGUUUACGUCAC